AGCGGGCCUCCUUGGGACUGCGCAGUGCGUUGUCGCAGGUCCGCUUCUGGUGCGGUCGGGUUGCCGGGGUCCCGGGGUUUGUCCGGCCGCAGUGGGCGCGUCGGCCCGGUGAGCGCAGAGGCGACUGCACCUGGGAGCGCGCCCGGGCAGGAUGCCUGAGAUCAGGGUCACUCCCCUGGGGGCUGGCCAGGAUGUGGGCCGAAGCUGCAUCUUGGUCUCCAUUGCGGGCAAGAAUGUCAUGCUGGACUGUGGGAUGCACAUGGGCUUCAACGAUGACAGGCGCUUCCCCGACUUUUCUUACAUCACCCGCAAUGGCCGGCUGACUGACUUCCUGGACUGCGUGAUCAUCAGCCACUUCCACCUGGACCACUGCGGGGCGCUGCCCUACUUCAGCGAGAUGGUGGGCUACGAUGGGCCCAUCUACAUGACGCACCCCACCCAGGCCAUCUGCCCCAUCCUGCUGGAGGACUACCGCAAGAUCGCCGUGGACAAGAAGGGCGAGGCCAACUUCUUCACCUCGCAGAUGAUCAAGGACUGCAUGAAGAAGGUGGUGGCCGUCCACCUCCACCAGACUGUCCAGCCCUGUGCUGUCCUCCGCCAGCCGCGCGCCCAGCACAGCCCACAGACUCGAGUUCAACCCCAUCCUCCACAGGUGGACGACGAGCUGGAGAUCAAGGCUUACUACGCAGGCCAUGUGCUGGGGGCCGCCAUGUUCCAGAUCAGGGUGGGCUCAGAGUCUGUGGUCUACACGGGUGAUUAUAACAUGACCCCGGACCGGCAUCUGGGAGCUGCCUGGAUUGACAAAUGCCGCCCCAACCUGCUCAUCACAGAAUCCACAUAUGCCACGACCAUUCGCGACUCCAAGCGCUGUCGGGAGCGAGACUUCCUGAAGAAGGUGCAUGAGACCGUGGAGCGUGGCGGCAAGGUGCUGAUCCCAGUGUUUGCACUGGGCCGCGCUCAGGAGCUCUGUAUCCUGCUGGAGACCUUCUGGGAGCGCAUGAACCUGAAGGCCCCCAUCUAUUUCUCCACGGGCCUGACGGAGAAGGCCAACCAUUACUACAAGCUCUUCAUCACCUGGACCAAUCAGAAGAUCCGUAAGACCUUCGUCCAGAGGAACAUGUUCGAGUUCAAGCACAUCAAGGCCUUUGACCGAGCGUUUGCUGAUAACCCGGGUCCGAUGGUCGUGUUUGCCACGCCGGGCAUGCUGCACGCUGGCCAGUCCCUUCAGAUCUUCCGGAAGUGGGCAGGGAACGAGAAGAACAUGGUCAUCAUGCCUGGCUACUGCGUGCAGGGCACGGUGGGCCACAAGAUCCUCAGUGGGCAGCGCAAGCUGGAGAUGGAGGGGCGGCAGCUGCUGGAGGUCAAGAUGCAGGUGGAGUACAUGUCGUUCAGUGCCCAUGCGGACGCGAAGGGCAUCAUGCAGCUGGUGGGCCAGGCGGAGCCUGAGAGCGUGCUGCUGGUGCACGGGGAGGCCAAGAAGAUGGAGUUCCUGAAGCAGAAGAUCGAGCAGGAGUUCCGGGUCACUUGCUACAUGCCAGCCAAUGGUGAGACAGUGACGCUGCCCACAAGCCCCAGCAUCCCGGUGGGCAUCUCGCUGGGGCUCCUGAAGCGGGAGAUGGCGCAGGGGCUGCUCCCUGACGCCAAGAAACCCCGGCUCCUGCAUGGCACCCUGAUCAUGAAGGAUAGUAACUUCCGGCUGGUGUCCUCAGAGCAGGCCCUCAAGGAGCUGGGCAUGGCCGAGCACCAGCUGCGCUUCACCUGCCGCGUGCACCUGCACGACACGCGCAAAGAGCAGGAGACUGCCAUGCGAGUCUACAGCCACCUGAAGAGCGUCCUCAAGGACCACUGCGUGCAGCACCUUCCGGAUGGCUCCGUGACCGUGGAGUCCAUCCUCAUCCAGGCCGCCGCCCACUCAGAGGACCCGGGCACCAAGGUGCUGCUGGUCUCCUGGACCUACCAAGAUGAAGAGCUGGGGAGCCACCUCACCGCCCUGCUCAAGAAGGGGGUGCCGCAGGCCCCCGGCGGAGGCAGCUGACUGCCAGGAGGCCGCCCUGCCCUUUGCCCAGCUGGAGGGACUUGGGCUUCUGCUCUAGGACCAUAUCUGUGCCCUGGGUUUCCCCCGUGGACGUGGCG